CCUUUCCACCCUGGGACCCUGGCUGUGCCCUAGGCAGGCGAGGGGCCAGGGCUGGUGCUGGCAUGGUCCCCGUGGGCGCCCGGAGCCACACCCUGGGCUGUGCCCAGCUCCUGUUCAUGAUGAGCAGGUGGCAAUCCUGCCGUGUGUCACCGCCCGGUGUGGAGGCCACAGAGAUGGCUGCACUGGCUCGGAGCGUCCUAGUGACAGGUUCCAACCGGGGCAUUGGGCUGGAGAUUGUGAGGCAGCUCGCUGCUAGCCCCUGGCCCCCCCAGCACAUCUUUGCCACCUGCCGCCACCCCGAGGGUCCGAGAGGGAAGGCCCUGCAAGAAUUAGCUGCCCAGCACCCCAUCAUCAAACUGGUCCAGCUAGACAUAGUGAACUUGCCCAGCAUCCGAGGGGCCGUGCAGGCUGUGGGGUCUCAUCUGAAGGACCAGGGCUUGAACCUGCUUAUCAACAAUGCGGGCAUCAGCUCACAUGCCACACUGCGCUCCCUGGAUUCACAUGAGAUGCUCUCCGUGUUUGCCACCAACGUGGUUGGACCACUUCAGGUUGCCAAGGAGUUUCUGCCGCUGCUGGAGAAGGCAGCGAAGGGCACGGGGCAGGAGGGGCUGAGCUGCAGCAGGGCCGCAGUCAUCAACGUCUCCACCAAACUGGGCUCCAUCGGGCUGUGCCUCGGCGUGCUGGAGGCCCCCAUGUACCCGUACCGUGCCAGCAAGCAUAAGCACGGACACUGA